AUGCAUCCCGUCCUGGCGCUGCUUGCUGCCCUCACCCCAACGUUCGCGUUCCUCAUCACCGAACCCUCUAGCACGACCGUCUGGGCUGCGGACGGUCCCAACACGAUCGCUUGGACCAAAGUUUCUACCGACUCGGAGAACGUCACAGUUGUUCUCAACAAUCAGCAAUUGAAGCCUCCAGUGUCACAAGUGCUUCUUGCAUUUGUCGAUAGCACCGUUGGCAGCAUUGUCGUCACCCAAGCACCGCCUGGCGGUUUCCACCCCGGUAGUGGCUUUGUAGUCUACUUUGCUCCUGACACGCACACGACGGGGACCAGACUGAGUAUAUCCCAGCAGUUCCGUAUCGCUUAA